AUGAAAUCGUUUUACUCCUUUAUUUUUUUUAGACACAGAAACGGAUAGUGUUCUCAAUAAAAUUUAGAAAAAAAAUUUAAUAAAAGCUCAAAUAAUCCUGAACAAUCUAUGAUAAAAUAAUAAUAUUUUGUUUGUUGA